AUGUCUCAACCGCCGCAAGGGAUUCGCGUGAACCACCCGCUGUCGGUGGUGUUCCUCCUGCAUAUUGCGCUGGAGGCACCCAUUGCUGUCAUGGGCCUAUGGAGUCCUAUCAGUCUACCGUUUGUCCAGCUGACGAACACCACGCUGGUGAUCUUGAAGAUGUACUCGGCAAUGGUGGCAGGCUUCUGCCUUGCUGCUCUGCUCGUGUUCUCUCUUCCAGAGUUCCUCCCUGGAAAGCGCGCCUUUGGCAUGGGACUGUGUUUCUACCACGUCACUUGCUCGACUAUCCUCUUCAACGCACCACGCUUCAUACCCCAUACCUUUGGUGUCUUUGCAGAGUCCCGUCGUGCAACACCGGAAGUUGUCUGGGGAACCCUGCACGGUAUCGUCGGUCUCACGCUCGCGUUUUGGUGGCAGGCUACUGUCGGUAUGGCGGCGGCAGCCCGCCCGAAGACGCAAUGA